CGCUCUGCCUCCGGCGUACGUUGCAGGGACUGCUUGCAGGCAGCUACAGCCUCGCCACUCAUCUUUAAACAAUUAGCUCUGCACAGGUCGAAUCCAAUUCGGGAAUCGCCUCUCCUCCUCUGCUUUGCAUCGAUUCGCUCAAUCUCGUCUCCUUUAUAUGUCUGCAUUUGCACCGUCUCUUCCUCUCCACGUUGCAGCAGCAGCAACAGCAGUAGCUUCACAAGGGAGGAGAGGAAGGAUUAAGACGACGAGCACUUGUUGGAGGAGGAGAGCAGCUGUCCCGGUGAACAUGGCAGCCGCCACCAGCAGUGCGCUGUCAAAGCUUGCUCCACUGGAGGCGAUCUUGUUUGACAUCGAUGGCACCCUCUGCGACUCUGAUCCUAUCCAUUUCUGCGCCUUCCGCGAACUGCUGCAGCAGGUUGGUUUCAACAAUGGCGUGCCCAUCUCCGAGGAGUUCUACAGCGCCAAUAUCAGCGGGGGGCACAACGAUGACCUCGCAAGGGCCUUGUUCCCGGAUUUGGAUCAUGACAAGGCAAUGAAGUUCAUGGACGACAAGGAAGCAUUGUACAGAAGGUUGGCUCCAGAACAGUUGGUGGCAGUAGAAGGCCUGCAUGAUCUGUGCAGAUGGAUAAAAGAUCACAAGCUGAAACGCGCCGCCGUAACAAAUGCUCCAAGGUCAAAUGCAGAGCUCAUGCUGUCACUCCUUGGGCUCACUGAAUUCUUCCCGGUGCUCGUAAUCGGGAGCGAGUGUGACCGAGCCAAGCCAUUCCCUGAUCCUUACCUCAAGGCUCUUGAGCUUAUUGGUGCAUCACCUGAUCACACAUUCAUUUUUGAGGACUCCGCGUCAGGGAUUCGAGCCGGUGUAGCUGCAAAUGUUCCUGUAGUUGGUCUGACAACUAGGAAUCCAGAGAAAGUUCUGCAAGAUGCAGGAGCAAGCUUGCUGAUAAAAGAUUUCCAGGACCCAAAGCUACUGUCCAUACUUGAAGAGAUAGAACCUACGGUUGCCGCCGUCGAGCAAGUCUGAUUUUUGCAGAUGGAGCAAUGGAAUUCUGGAGUACUAGAUGGAGCAUUUUUUGCAGAUGGAACAUGAAUACUGGAAUAAUUAUACAUCUGUCUAUCCUAACAAAAUAAAGCUGAUUUCUAGAUGGGGCCGGGGUCAGCACACGUCUUAGGACUUUUGAGUUUGUCAAUUGACCAUCAUCUGUGCAUGUGACUUGCUGUAAAAACUCCUGUAAAAAACUCCCAGUAUGCAUAUUGCCGAAAAUAACUGUAAUGUAUGUUUACAUGGUUUGAUAGAACUAAACAGCUGCAGGAAAAUGGCUAUAUAGUUUAUCAGUUGAAUUUGCUA